AAAUGUAGUUUAGUAUGAAUAGGGAUAUAUUAAGUAGAUAGAUAAUAAUAUAUCUUAAGGCAACUGUAAAAUUUAAGAUUAAGAUGCAAGUCGUCAAUCUCGGUUAAGUAAAGAUCAAUGUUCUAAUAUUGUAUGUAAUUUCAUACUUGUCAUAUAAAUUGAAUAUCUAGCAAUGUCAUUUAGUAUAUUUCUGUAUUCUGUGUGCAUAUAUUAAGUAUAAAUUUUCUUAAAGGUAUAAAUGUAUUAUUAUUAUUAUUAUUAUACAUUAUUUUAUGGAGUAAAUCAUUCACGCAUUGCUCGGGCGCAUGAACAACCCCCUUUCCGUCUUUAAAUAUCACUCCAACUAGGGGAUAUAUUUGAAAUCUGUUCGUUCAACUUCAACAUUAAUACAGAAACUCUUUUACGUUCUUGUACUAUUAAUCGCAACAGAAUUAUUUUUAUUCUUUUAUGUAUAUUUUCACUGAUGAUAAUAAAAAAUAAUUUUUUGUAUUGUUCACAAGUAUUGAUAGUAUUAUUUUAUAAAAUUCAAUAAUAAUUUUUAAUUUAAAUAAACCCGUAUUGUAAAAAUGAAGAUUAUAAAAUACUUUAAUUGGAUAUUAGUUGGAUUAUUUUUUAUCAAUAUUGUCGACGCAGUGAUAAGUGAUGAGAAUAAUAAGGAAUAUGAAUCUCUGACUAUUAAUGAACGCAAUUCAAUAAAACUUCCAGGAUUAAAGCGCCCAUUUUGUAAUGCAUUUACCGGAUGUGGAAAAAAAAGAAAUUAUAUCGACAGUAGUUAUGAUACAACAUCAGCCAAAAAUGACGUCAAUGAUUCAACGAUAAAUAUUCCGCUGAAAUUGUAUCAGAUUUUAAUGAAUAAUUUAAAUUUGAAAAUACAACAAGUUGCUAAACACAAAAAUUAUAGAGAUAGUAUUAAUAACAAUGAUGAAGAUUAUAUUUAUUCAACGAUUCAUAAACAACCUAUACGAAAACGAUACAAUUUGUGAAAUAUUAAAAAAGCCAACGAGUGCACGGCGCAUGGUGCUCAUUUAAUAAUGAUAAAAAUAAAUUAAACGUUAUUUAAUGUGGAACUUUGAAAAAAUUAGAAUGUUAUUAUUCAUUAUUUACGUAAUUAUAUUAUUUUAAUAAUUCUGCGGCAUUUCUCUUAUUUACUAAACUGAGCAUCUCAUCAUAGACGUAAUUGUAUUAUUAAUGCAAGUGCUUUGAAAAUGUAAAAAAA